UACAUCAAACAGAAACUCAAAGUCAUCUCUUAUCUUAAGCCAAAAAGACUUCAAGCUCUCUACAAGUCUUCAAACUUUGCUACUACCUUCUUUGAAUCGUUAUCCAAACACUCUUUAAAAUUAUAACAUCGAUCGAUGGAGAACCUACAGAAGAUGAUCUCUGAGAAGUCGGUAGUGAUCUUUAGCAAGAACUCGUGUUGCAUGUCUCAUACAGUCAAGACUCUCUUCUUAGACUUUGGCGUGAACCCUACGAUCUAUGAGCUCGACGAGAUGCACAGAGGAAAGGAGAUAGAACAAGCAUUGGCUCAGCUCGGCUGUAGCCCGACCGUACCAGUGGUGUUCAUUGGAGGGCAGCUUGUUGGUGGAGCCAAUCAAGUCAUGAGCCUCCAUCUCAAUCGCUCUCUUGUUCCAAUGCUUAAGCGCGCUGGAGCAUUAUGGCUUUAGCUUCCAAAAAGUGGCACUGGAAAUUUCUAAUGUACCGAAGAAACUAAUUAUAGCGAUUAACGAACAAAGAAGCAUACGGAAGAAUGUAUGUGUGACUGUGUGAGUUAAUUAAUGCUAUGACUAUCUGAGUUUUGAAAAAGAUAGAUUAUGCGGUUACCUAUUUUGUAAACUAUUGUCUAUUUUGUAAUAAUAUAUCAGCUACCGUUGGAUUUCCCC